AUGGAAAAACGCACUGAUCCUUACGAUGGCAAGACACAGACCCUACAAGAGAUGAUCCAGAAGUAUCAGGGGGUCUACAGCAAAAGCGAGGUUGAAUCCUAUUUUCAGUCCGAAUGCACCGUGGUGGUUGCUCCCAAGUCAAAGGCGGGAUAUGUGACGCCAGCGGCUCCGAGCUCAGUUGCUCCAGAGAUGGAGGGCUUGCGUGCAUGGCUGAAACAAGAGGGCUAUGAGAAGUACCUCACGCAGGUGCAGCACUGGUGCGAAGAAAAUGGAGCAGUGAUGUUGGAAGAGGUGCAAGAAAACUGGGAUGACAUUCUGCCAGAGUUGAAGGAUCUUUCGCCAGAGGUGCCGAAGAAAGAGGAGAAGGCCUCGAAACCUAGCUUUGCCGUCGCUGGUUUAGAAGAGUGGUUGGAAGAGAUCGAUUUGGAGGAAUACCUGGAAGAUGUCUUAGAAUGGUGUGAGGAGCAUCAUGUCGUGCGGCUCAAGGAGAUCCAGGUGAAGUGGGAAGGUAUUCUACAAGACCUGAAGCUGAAAACUGCCAAAGAGCAGCUCCCUGGAAAGAAGGUCUCUGUCCGAGUUCUGGUUGGAAAAUGGCAAGGGACCUACAUGGCUCUUGUCCUGAAUGUCACGGAUGCAGGGAUCCGAAUUAAACAUUUGGAGGAUGAUUUUGAAGAGACCCUCCCGUUGGACGCUCUAGGUGGUGGCAAGUACUUGCUCGAGCCUGUUGAUUCAGAUGAGGAGGAGGAGAUGGAAGUCAAAGACCUGUUGCGCAAAGGUCGCUUGUCGGUGGCGACCGGCGACGGAGCGGGCCUGGAGCUGCGCUGGGUGAAGUUGGGCUACGCCGUGGACCAGGUUUUGCCCAAACCGGGACAACGAGAUCUCCAUCCCGGGGACGUCAUUCUGUGGAUCAACGGCAUGUCCCUGCUGGCCUUGGACGAAGACACAGUGACCGAUCGCUUCAGCGAGGCCUUCGGAGAUCAUGUGCCGCUGGUGGCGGGGAAGCUGAGCGAGUUGAUGAAGCAUCCCAUGGAGAAGAUCCAGAAGGAAGUUCAAAGCCUGGUGGCCUCAAAGUGA